AUGGCGUUUCGUCAAUAUCAACUGCUUCGAGCAAUUUUACUGGUAGGGACAGUUUCCCUCAACACUUUGUGUACUAAUUGGGCCAACCAAAUGAUGUCUAAAGCAUCCGAUGGAGCAGAGAGACUAUUCAAUCAUCCAUUUUUACAAGCAGCUGCAAUGUUUGGUGGUGAAACUUUAUGCUUAUUAGCUUUUAAAGUGGUUAACGUAUUAUCACGAAACUCUGAGGAAAAUGUUCUUACCAAGGGGAAUAGAAAUUUAAACCCGAUUAUACUUCUUCCUGCUGCAGUGUUUGAUUUGCUUAGUACUGCAAUUAUGUACAUUGGCCUUACCUUCACAUAUCCAAGGAGCUUACUGAUUUUCCGAGGCUCUGCAGUUCUUUUUGUCGGAGUGCUCUCUACCGUAUUUCUAAAGAAGCAUAUACUAUUAAAAGAAUGGCUUGGAAUGGCAAAUAUAACCAUUGGUUUUGUGAUUGUUGGAGUGACAGAUGUAAUUUUUGCUUCGUCCAAACACCAAAAGGGGCAGAACAGUUUGCUAACUGGAGAUAUACUUAUUAUAAUUAGCCUAGUGAUCUCAGCAUGUCAGAUGGUUUAUGAAGAGAAAAUUAUUUCCGAUUUGGACAUACCACCCCUGCAAGCAGUGGGCUGGGAAGGCAUAUUUGGUUUCUCUAUGACGUCACUUCUACUUUUUGUUUUCUAUUGGGUGCCAACUCCACCUCACUUUGGCUAUCGGCCCAAUGGAACUAUUGAAGACGCCAUUGAUGGACUGGUUCAAAUUGGUAAUAAUCAAUUGUUGCUGUGUACUGUAUUGGGCUCGGUUAUCUCUGUAGCAUUGUCCACAUUUGCUGGAAUCAGUAUUACCAAGAAAGUUUCAGCCACACACCGCAUGGUUUUAGAUUCCAUCAGAACAAUUGUGAUUUGGAUCGUGUCGGUUUUGGUGAAAUGGCAAGAGUUUUAUUGGUUACACAUUGUUGGGUUUGCCGUUCUUAUUCUAGGCAUGUGCAACUAUAAUGGACUACUGACAUGUAACGAUAGAACAUAUGACGAUGAUGACGAAGAUGAUGAAGAUGAAGAUUUUAGUAUUUUAAACAUUUAG